GGCCAAGUUCAGUUUGAAGACUGCAUGGGAUGGAAGCUGGCACAGUACAGCGCCGAGGAUGCCAACUUCAGGGUGCUGGCGGAUGGCACGGUCCUGGUGAGGCACCACACAAAGCUGCGUGGGGGAGAGAGGACUUUCCUGGUGCAUGCCUGGGAUUCCACAGGAACCAAAUCCUCGGCCUGGGUGACCGUGAGGAACAAAGGCCCUCAUUCUCCACAGGGGGGGCUUGAUCCUGCCAACCAGAUGGAGGUGCGAAGGUUCCCAGUGGCCGGGUCUGCCCUGAAGCGGCAGAAGAGGGACUGGGUCAUCCCACCCAUCAGAGUCCCUGAGAACGAGAGGGGGCCCUUCCCCAAGAAACUGGUCCAGAUCAAAUCCAACAGGGACAAAGACACCAAGAUCUUCUACAGCAUCACUGGGCAGGGGGCGGACAUGCCUCCCGAGGGGGUCUUCAUCAUUGAGAAAGAGUCGGGUUGGAUGAAAGUGACCCAGCCGUUGGACAGAGAAGCGAUUGACAAAUACCAUCUUCUCUCGCACGCUGUGUCUGAAAACGGAAAGCCGGUGGAGGAACCGAUGGAUAUAAUAGUCACAGUUACGGACCAAAAUGACAACAGGCCCCAGUUCACCCAGGAGGUCUUCAGAGGGUCUGUCUUGGAAGGAGCAACACCUGGGACCUCUGUGAUGCAAGUCACGGCCACGGAUGCUGACGACGCCGUGGAGACCUUCAACGGGGUUGUUGCCUACUCCAUCCUGAGCCAAGUGCCAGGCGAACCCGAGAAGCAGAUGUUUGCCAUCAACCGGGAGACGGGCGCCAUCAGUGUGAUUGCCAGCGGCCUGGACAGAGAGAGAGUCAGGGAAUAUACGCUCGUCUUGCAAGCUGCCGACUUGGAUGGCGAAGGGCUGACCACCACGGCCUCUGCGGUGAUCGAGAUCGGUGAUGCCAAUGACAACGCCCCCCAGUUCAGCCCCUCAGUGUACACGGCAGAGGUGGCGGAGAACGAAGCUGACCUGGAGGUCGUACGGCUGUCUGUGACCGACAUGGAUGAAGCCGGCUCAGCUGCUUGGCUCGCCGUGUACAAAAUUGUCCGUGGCGAUGAAGGGGGCUUCUUCCGAGUGUCCACCGAUCCAGAGAGCAACGAAGGUGUCUUGGAAACAGCCAAAGGCUUGGACUUUGAAGCAAAGAGGCAGUUUGUGCUGCAGGUCGCAGUCACCAACCAAGUCCCCUUUGUAGUGAAGCUCCCAACGUCCACGGCAACGGUGACCAUCAACGUGAGGGACGUGAAUGAGGCUCCCGUCUUUGAUCCUCCGGUCAAGACGGCAGAAGUCUCGGAGGACGUCCCUCCAGGACACAAAGUCACGGUGUACACAGCACGGGACCCAGACAGAAUGCAGUCCCAGAAAAUCAGGUACUUCAUGGAGAAUGACCGGGCGGGCUGGCUCGCAAUCCACCCCGAGAGUGGCACCGUCACCACCAGGGCCGCCUUGGACCGGGAGUCCUACUUUGUGAGGAACAACACCUACGAGGCCGUUGUGCUGGCCGUGGAUGACGGCAGCCCCACAGCCACUGGGACAGGCACCCUCCUGCUGACUCUGCAGGAUGUGAACGACAACGGUCCCGAACUCGACCGCCAAACGAUCACGGUCUGCAACAGCGAACCGGAGACGCAAUACCUGCGCAUCCUGGACAAGGACCAGGCCCCCAACACCUCCCCCUUCCGCGCAAAGCUCACAAACAACUCUGAUGAAAACUGGGCUGUAGAGAUGGAUGCCAAAGGGGAAGUGGCGCUGCUGAAGCUGCGGCAGCCCUUGAAGCAGGACACCUACAGCGUUUACCUCCAGCUCUUUGACAACCAGGACAAGGGCCAGCCAGCGGUCCUCACAGCCACUGUGUGUGAAUGCCAGGGGGCGGCGGAUCGGUGCCCGGAGAUGCGGAUGGCUGCCAUGGGGGCUCCUGCAAUCCUGGCGAUCCUGGGGGCCAUUUUGUCUCUGCUGAUCCUGUUGCUGCUGCUGCUUCUCUUUGUGCGGAGGAGGAAGGCAGUGAAGGAGCCGCUGCUGCUUCCAGAAGAAGACACCCGGGACAACAUCUUCUACUACGGCGAAGAGGGAGGAGGGGAAGAGGACCAGGAUUAUGACCUCAGCCAGCUGCACAGAGGCCUGGAUGCCCGUCCAGAAGUCGUCCUCCGGAAUGAUGUUGUGCCCACCCUCCUGCCAGCUCCACAGUACCACCCACGCCCCACAAACCCAGACGAAAUUGGCAAUUUCAUCCAUGAGAACCUGAAGGCGGCAGACACCGACCCCACGGCACCCCCCUACGACUCGCUGCUGGUGUUCGACUACGAGGGCAGCGGCUCCGAGGCCGCCUCCCUCAGCUCCAUCAACUCCUCCACUGGAGACCAGGACCAAGACUACGACUACCUCAACGACUGGGGUGGCCGCUUCCGGAAGCUCGCGGACAUGUACGGAGGGGGCGAAGAGGAGGACUAGGCCUGGCU